AUGCGGGCGUACAUUCAGAGGUUGCUUAAAGAGCAGUGGCCAGAUAAGCUUGUUUCUACUAGCCAUAACAAAAUUUUCAGUGCAUCAGUCAACAACUUGGUAGUUGCAGUUAGACAAGUUAACGAGAAAAGCGUAUCUAACAUCUACCGUGGCCAGUCAUUGUCUUCGACAAUUAAUUUGCGUAGCCUCUUAUACCAUCCUAACAUAGUCGAUAUGAUCGGUUACUGCAUUGACGGAGACCAGAUAUUUUUCGUUUACAACUUCCUGCCGUCGGGAUCUUUAAAGGAUCAUUUACAUGAUCUUCCGCCCAAUAAGAAGCCUCUGGACUGGAAUACAAGGAUUAAAAUUGCAGCUAAAGGAAUAAAAUACUUGCACGAAAAAUCAAAGCCUCCAGUAAUCCAUGGAAAUAUCAAACCUUCCAACAUUCUCCUAUGCAAAGGAUAUCACCCCAAGCUGUCAGAUUUCCUUGGGUUUAAAGAACGGAUUCCGGAAUCUGACAAGUCUAACCAUGCAAGGAUUUUCAGCAGUCAGUGUUAUCGCCAUGCACCUGAAUUUUAUAUGAAGUUUAAACUCACUCAACGAUCCGACAUCUACAGUUUUGGCCUUGUCUUGCUUGAACUGAUUUCAGGGCGCAUGGCUGAGAUUAGACCUAGUCUCAUUGAAUGGCUGAUUGAACUUCUUGUUUGUUUGGUGAUUGUGCGGGCAAAACGUAAACUGGUGGGCGGUCAUGAAUUCACUGCGUUGGCUGAUCCACUACUGAAAGGCCGUUAUCCAGAGCAAGGCCUGUAUCAAGCUCUUUCUCUUGCAGCUGAGUGUUUACAAUCUAAAGAUGCCAGUCGGCCUCGAAUAGGAGAUGUUGUGAACGUUCUAUCAAAUUUAGCCUCUCAAAUUUAUGACCCAAAGACAAUCCAGAUUAAUCGCGCAGGCACAUUAACAAUUGGCAAUCUUGACAAGGAAAGACUGACAGAGCUAUGGCAGCACGUCUGGUCUUUCCCAACCUGA